AUGGCCCCCUACGAAGCAUUGUAUGGGAGGAAGUGUAGAUCUCCUUUGUGUUGGACUGAAGUUGGAGAAAGACGUUUUCUGGGCCCCGAAAUGAUUCAAGAAGUGUCUGAUCAAGUACAGAUGAUUAAGGAGAAGAUGCAGAGGGCUCAGGCAAGACAAAAGAGUUACUAUGACAAUCGUCACAAACCUUUAUCGUUUGAUGUAGGAGACCAUGUGUUCUUGAGGAUCGCACCGACUUCUGGGCUAGGCAGGAGACUGGGGAUGAGGAUGUUGAGUCCUCGUUACUUGGGACCCUUCCUGAUUCUUGAUAGAAUUGGUGAAUCAGCUUAUCGCCGAGCCUUACCACCCAAUUUAGCCGGACUUCACGACGUCUUCCAUGUUUCUCAGUUGAGGAGAUACAUCUAUGACUCAUCACAUGUGUUGCAGCCUGAGGACGUGGAACUCAGAGAGAACCUGACUUACACCGUACGUCCAUUCCAAAUUCUUGAGAGAUCAAUCAAUAAUUUACGCUCGAAGGAGGUGCCGUUGGUUAAAGUUCAAUGGAACGACAUGACUGCUUACGAAACAACGUGGGAACGUCAGGAUGAAUUGCGAAAAUUAUACCCGGAAUUCUUCGAGUAG